CAUAUAUCCUCAUCAUAUGGGACAAAAAUCAUAUGCUGAAAUGACAAGUGAAUGGCAGAGAAAAGGGUACAUUCCCUCAGUUUCUUCGUCAUCUGAAGGUUCCUCUGCGUCUACAAUUUCUUCAAGUUUGCCGAGUAGGACAUGUUUAUGGCUUCUUGCAAGAUCGGUACCAGAUGAGAAAGGAAAUCCUUACUUGCCGGAUCAGGGCACACAAAAGGUCAAAGAAAAUAUUGAUGAAUGGAAAAGGAAACAAGAUGAAGGGGAAUUUGUUCCCAAAAGUGCACGAGAUGAUGUCUUAUCUCGUGCACUUGGUAAGACUAAAGAAGGGAGACCACUAACAUUUGGUGGUGGAGUAGGCAUCAAAGCUGUGUGGGGGACCGGAGAGCGGCGUAGCUUUCGACGGUAUGGAGAUGCGGAGAUGGAGGAAAUGGAAGCAAGAGUGACCAAAAGGGUCAAAGAUGAGACAAUACAAGAGAUGAACUCCAAGAUGGAUGACAUGGUCAUGGAGAAAUUUAUCACAUUUGCUAAAGAACUUGGUGUCCAAAUACCAAGCCAUAUGAGGAUAGACGCAAAUGUUCAUAGUAGUUGUCGUUCCGGGGGUUUAGAUCCAUUUGCCGACAUUACGGAACCUGUCCCGUGCCAUCUAUACCUGAACAUAGGCUCGGAGAAAGUCUUUGUUGCCUAUGGUACCAUAUGUCCAGAGUUGCUCCUUGAUCACCACAACGACGUCACGUCCGAUAACGUGAAAGUGAGCGUUGAUGAUUUUGAGCCCGCGUACAAAGAAGCUCCCGUCCCCGUGCCUUCUCAAUAUAUUAAGAAACUUGCUCAAGCUCAUGGUACCUUCACUCAGUGGCCAAAGCAUUUGGUGUCGCUUACGAAUGAGGAGGUAAACAAGCCUACAAGUAAAGAGCCUAAAGGGAAAGGGAACAAAGGGAAAGAGAUAGUGGUUGGGGGAAGUGGAACAAAAGCGUCCAACACUAAAUCAAAAACCUAUUUCCUUGAAAAUUAUAAAGUGCAAAAUUUGAGUGGUAAGUGCAAUGUGAUGAAAACUAUGAUGUUGGGAUUAAAAGAAGGGGAGCACGUUAAGGUACAUUGCACUAAAAGGACAUUCAAUAUGGAAAAGGACUUUGAAAUUAGUUUCACCGUUGAAGACACCGAUCAACUUCUCUCGGGAGCAUGGCUCAAUAUAUCAAUAAUACAAGUUUUUGCUACGGCUUUGAGUGAGUUGUGUUUUCACGAUGAUUGUCACCCCAAUAGUAUUGGAUUCAUGUGCCCGGAGAUGAUCUCGGCCACCAUGUUAAAGUCCGAUGCAGAUCAAAUUCUAUUGUACAUGACGAGGUCCAUGAGUGCACUUAGUUCUAAGACAUUCAUCUUAUGUCCAUACUACGAAAAGAGUCACUGGAUGCUUUUAGUUCUUUGCUUGUCUAAACGUGAGGUCUACAUAUUUGAUUCUCAACAGAAGAAGAGAAAUUUGAUGAUUAAGGAGCCACUAAACAAUGCUUUUCGGAGUUACAAGAGACUAGGUGGACAAUCUAAGGGAACUAAAUUAACAUGGAUUCCAGCACAGUGUGCUCAACAACCCGGAUCACUAGAUUGUGGCUACUACGUCAUGCGUUUUAUGUACGACAUAAUAAUGAAUCAUGGUAAUAGUCAAGAUCUUACUAAGGAUUUUUCAAGAACAUUGCCUUAUUCAGCGGAGGAGAUUAAUGAGGUGAAAGAUUUUUGGGCAGAUUACUUCAUGAACAAUGUCGAAUUUUUAGCUUAAUUUGUAAUAUGAACUUGAUCUCUAGCUAGCUACGUACCUUUGUUGUAAUAAUUUUAUGUUUGUUGUAACAUGUUGGUUGAUCGAUCUAUGACGAAUUUAAUUGCCUUUUAUUGGGAACGUUAAUUACGUUGUAAACUUUUGUGACAGGUAUUAAUUAUAAAUGUAUUCCCGGUAUUGGGAAUGAA